UCAUGUACUGGCAGGAAAGCUAAUAAUUCAAGGUUUGCAAUAUCUGUCACCACUGUCAAGCUUUCACUGACUUAGGAGGCCCUGCUAUUUCCUCAAAUUUUAAAGAUAGAAACAAAGUCAACCAAUAAUUAAUUUGCCCAUGACUGAAACGUGUCAGUCCUGAUUGCCCUUCCCCUGGGAGAUAGCAGGUAGGUCGGGCUUUGAAUUUUCUGCUGCUGGGUUUCCAUUUUCUAGACAAAUGAUGUGGAACAAAUAAUUAGGGUGACAGUCAAUCUAUACAAACAAGGAUCUGGGGCACUGUGUAGGCAAGUCUGACUGAAGCAUCCUCCCCCAUACAUCUUUCCACUGAAGGGAGAUAAGGGCCAUCCAUAUCCAAUUGCCUGUAACAAAAGAGAUCAGUGCUUCUUUCUUAAAUAAGCUGAAAGGAUUCAACACUGUUUCUAAAGACCUCACCUCAUUAUGAGAAUUCUAUUUUGAUUAGUGAUUUCACUGAGCUAUUUUGGAAUGAAAAUGUGGCGAAGUGCCUGGUCUCCCUCAAUGGCUUCACGUGGCUUUUCAAAGGGGAGGAGGUAGUGCUGACUUUUGGUAAAAUGGGUGAAAAAGUCCGAGCCAGCAACACAAAGUCCAGAUGAGGGAUCAGUAAAUACGUGCCUGGGAGGCAGGCCUUGAACACAUUCCUCUCUGGUAGACAUUAACUUAUUAAACUGACCUUGACUGCAAAUAUAGACUUUGCCCCCAUCUUACCUGGCAACCAAAAAAGAGGUGGGUCUGUCUAUAAAAAGAAGUGGGUACUGUUCCCAGCCUUCAGGCUCUUGGAUCCCCUCUAUCAAGAUGUGGCACCUUAAACUCUUUGCACUACUUAUGAUUUGCAUGUUGCCGUUAGCCCAGGUAGAUGGCUCUCCAAUACCAGAACUGAGUUCAGCAAAGAGAAGGCCGAGGAGAAUGACCCCAUUUUGGAGGGGGGUUUCCCUCAGGCCGAUUGGAGCCUCCUGUCGGGAUGAUUCUGAAUGUAUCACGAGGCUAUGCAGGAAAAGACGCUGCUCCCUAAGUGUGGCCCAGGAAUGAUGUACAUACCACGGAAAAAAAGGACAGCACUUGCCUACAACAAUGCUCCGUUCUAUGGAAUAUUGACUAAUUAACUGCAUUUGGCUGGAGACACUUAAGUAAAGCAAUCUUGUUUUUAAAUGUUUAAAGGCAGAUAUACGCUUUAAAUUGGUCUCCGUUUCUUCUUAGAAUGUUGAUAUGUAGAUAAGCAUAACUAAACUUGUUAACUUAAGAGUUUAUUUUUCUAUGGAUACUAUUAAAUGUCUCAAACUGAAAUUUUGGCAGCCUGGAAUUCACACUUCUGAGGGGAAGGAUUCAUUUUGUAUACUACAGAAAACCCAGCAUUGCCUAAUGAUAAUGUGUUAACUUCUCAAUCUGAAAACUUCAGUAAGAGUUAACAUUUCUUCAGGUAAUAGAAACACAAUGGCAGGCUAAAGGCAAAAGUUUAGUAAUAGCUAGUGAUUAACCUCAGCAAGUUCAUUAACUAUGGCCCUGGAUCUUAACCCUUCAUUGCAUGUAAAGAACAUGCAGUGAGGUGCAAAGACAGGCAAUAUUGGUUUGUCUAUGAACAGAGUGAACCAGAAGAAAAACCUAGUUAAAUGAAACAAUUACAGCCCAAGCCACCAAGAAUAACAAUAAGGAUGUGUAUGAGAUUUCUGCUGGAGCAGGGAGAAUUAUGAUCUAUGCAGAGGGACC